AUGGAUUACCUCGUGCCCUCGUCAAUCUCCAUUCUCGCUUUCUUCUACGCUAACGACCUCCCCGUGGAUGCUUCUUCAUUGGACGGACGAGGUAGAACGAUGGCGACAAUCGACUACUGGGGAAUAGCGAUUUGGGUUUAUGAUUUGGUGGCCAUGUCGAUUCUAGGUUUAGGUUGGGAAAAAGAAGAAGAAGAAGAAGAAGAAGUAGGGGUGGCUGGAUUUCAGAUCCAGGGAGAUGACGGAGAAACGGUGCAGCGGAGAAAGGAAGAAUUGUGUGUGUGGAAGAUGGGUAAAGGGAAGGAAGUGAUGAUUGAGCCUUCAAGCCCUAGCAGUCACCGCUACGGUGGCGAAGACGAUUCCGAUCAGCAUCAAUUCAAAUCCUCCUCUCGCAAUGCUGCCUCCAAAUACGAUUUUGUCAAGGUGAAGGUUUGGUUGGGAGAUAACGCGGAUCAUUAUUACGUCCUUUCCAGAUUCUUGCUCAGCCGAAUGUUAACUGUUACAAAGAUACCGAAUCAUGUAGCAGUUAAGAUUGCUCUUGAACUCAAGAAGUUGCUGGUUGAUAACAGUCUCCUUGACGUUUCUCAGUCAGAUUUGGAGGCUAACCUAUUUAAGCUUAUGGAGAGACGAGGAUACGGGGAAGACUACAUUAAUCGAUACAAGAUGAUGACAAGAUUCCACCAUCAAAGGGUGCCACUGGUGAUUCUUGUUUGUGGAACUGCUUGUGUUGGAAAGUCUACCAUAGCUACCCAACUUGCUCAAAGGCUGAAUUUGCCCAAUGUCUUGCAGACAGAGAUGGUUUAUGAACUGCUGCGGACAUCAACUGAGUACGCCAUGCCUAUGUUUUAGAAUUGCCUUAUCAUUUACCAUCACAUCUGUUUUAUCACACAGAGCUAUGAGGAAAGAUUAUCUAUUUAACAAUGGAUUCUUUAUUCGUUUCAAUAUCACCUCCUCCCAUUCAAGAUCUUUGAACUUGAGACAUUCCAUUAUGACCUCAAGUUUGUAUGAGUUAGCCCUUUAGGAUGAUUGAUGAGUGACCGUUACUCUUACUAUAUUGUUCAUUCUCUCUGGAAGUUAUUAGUUUCUUUUACUUUACUCCCAAGUCACAUGCUUACAAUUUUGAAUUUUGUCAUACUUCCUGUAGUUCGUUCUUUAGUUGACAUGCCCUAUUUUCUAUGCUUCAGUGCGCCAUUAUCAUCUACUCCUGUUUGGGCUCGGGAUUUCAGCUCCCCUGAGGAGUUUAUUACUGAGUUUAGUAGAGAAUGCAGAAUAGUUCGGAAAGGUUUGGCUGGUGACUUAAAGAAAGCAAUGAAAGAUGGAAAGCCAAUCAUAAUUGAGGGGAUACAUCUUGACCCAAGUAUUUAUUUGAUGGAUGAAGACAACAAGACACCAGCUUCUGCACCUGACAAAACUGGAGUGACAACUCCAUUCUCUGUGGAAAAAUCAACGUUAGGAGUUGAUCCCUUGGGCAAAACGGAAGACAGUGGUCCUUCUGUUAGUGACAUUCAUGCCCACAGUAUAAAUGGCUCUCCUGAGAACGAAAAUGCAGAAGAAGAAAAAUCUGGUGACAAACACUUGGACUACAGGCAAAAUGCUCAAGGUUCAAAAAGUAUUCAUGAAAAUGAAGUUGGCUCUACUAAAGUUGCAGGAGAAGAGAAAAGCCUUUCUAUUAAGAGAGCAAAAUCUGGUGGAGAUCCGAUAAUUAUACCCAUAGUUCUGAAGAUGGCUGAGUUUGACCAUAAGGCAUUACUGGAGGAGUGGAUCUCUGCUCGUAUACCCAGUGAUAGAUACCAAGUUAAGGAUAAAGACAGGCUAAUUGCCAAUUUGAAAACUCUUCAGGACUAUCUGUGCUCUUUCACUUCACAGGGUUUGACCGUUGCUAAUAUAUCUGCCACAACCUUUCCUCAAACACUGGAUUGGCUCCACGGUUAUCUUCUUCAGUGUAUCGAGCAAGGGAUUUCACCAGUUUCCAGUGAAAAUGACAGGCAAAGCAGCUGAAAAUUGAAAUACAUGCAGAGCAGCUUGGCAGUAACAGGUAUGAAGUUGGACCUCGUCGAUUGGUUUGACUUUCGAGAGAAACCUUUCAACAAUGCAUCUCUGCUUGGCAGCCUGUAUGAAUGGCUUAGUCGUGUCGUUUCUCUUGUCCAUUGAACUCUUGCGUCCCUUAAAAAAUACUGUACUUUCUCCAACUGAGAUGAACUUGUAGCUUUGUGGUCUCAUGAUUAGUGCAUUAGCUUCUGCAUUUCGCUCUUCGUGCUAUUUCCCCCCCCUCGUUCUGCUCGUUUAAGCAAUCAGGAUUUCGAACUUAUAUCGCUUUAAAGGCACUUCUCACAAAACCUUUUUGCAGUCGAUGAAGAGUGUUGAAGAAGAAUGUCUUGCUGCAGGUGGCUUCCGAAGCAACUAAACCUUGCUCCGGAAGUUACAGGAAACAUAAUUGAAGAACAUUACCCUCUGAAAGGACCCAUUUAGCAACAGCCUGAAGUGCAAGAAGGGCUGUCAGUUGGGUGAAAAGCGGCGAAACGUGGUGGUAUAAUGCCUUGUGCAGCCUCUGCAGGCAAAACAAAGAUACAUUUUUUUUUUUGGGCGGGAAGAAGGGAUCACUAUAUGUUCCGAUUUCACUAUGAUCAAGUGAGGAGUAACAAAUACUAUAUAUAUGUAGUUUUGUGUACAAAUUGUGGCCAAGGAUUGCGACUUUUCAGUCGCGAACUAGACCGUACUUGAGUCGACUCGAAUACAAACAGAUCAGUAAUGGUGCCCCACUUGUUCUGUAACACCAUCAAAUCUCGUAAUCCCACAGCUCUUCGAGCGACUUGUAGGGGCUGGUUGUGUCAUUGACAAG